AUGCCGUAUCGACGUUCGAGAUCAGUGUCACGGAGACGUCGAAGUCGUUCUCGUCCAAGUAGAGAUGUAAUAUCUCUUUCAUUAGUACCCUCAAGGCGUCGACGGCGGUCACGUUCACUUUCACAAUCACUUCUGGGUUAUGAUUUGCUGAGGUCAAGAUCACCUCGUCGUCGUUCAUACAUUCGUCGACGUCGUCGUUCAAGCUCUCGCCGUCGUUCGCGAUCCCGUCGCCGUAUUCUUCCCCGACGUCGUCUUUCUCGUCCGCGCCGUCGUUCUCGCUCUGGAUACCGUUAUCGGUAA